AUAAAUUACAUCAUGCGAAUAACCUAUGAAUUUAUUUUGUGAUAAUUUCAUAGGGUAUUCAUUAACGAACGAACGAACGAACGAAAAUAAAAGUAAAGAACUCCAACAAUCAUUAAAUAAGUAACGAAUGAUUUUGUUUAAAGUUUUCAUUUUAUUGCUACCUUUCGUUGUUUACAGUGAAUCGAUUACUAGGAUUCAAUUACAUUCAUCUCUUCAUUUAAACUUAUCUUAUCCUGUAUUGAAUCAUCAAUGGAAUUUAUCAAUUAAACAAUUAAAAAAUAAAUGGUUCCAAAGACUGGUAUCAUCAAAGAAUGGAAUAUAUACUGAAUAUUUAGAAAAUUACCAAAAUAUUGAAUAUUAUGGAGAGAUUUCUAUCGGGACUCCACCUCAAACAUUUUAUGUAAUAUUCGACACAGGAUCACCAUAUUUAUGGAUACCAUCUAAAAUGUGUGAUUCCAGUGAUUUAGCAUGUCAAGUACAUCAUAAGUAUGAUAGUUCGAAAUCUUCAACUUAUAAACCGAAUGGUGAAUUAUUUUAUGUCCAAUACGGCACUGGAAUAGCAUCAGGAUUUUUAAGCUCAGAUUGUGUUCAUAUCGGUUCAUUGAAUAUUGUAGAUCAAACAUUUGGUGAAGUUACUCAUCAACCUGGUCAAGUAUUUAUAAAUUUUCAUUUUGAUGGAAUUAUGGGUAUGGGAUUUCAACAAAGAUCACAAAAUUCUAAUCCAACACCUAUAUUUCUGAAUAUGAUUGAACAGCGAUUAGUAGAUAAACCUGUAUUUGCAGUUUAUUUAAAUCUUAAUGAAGAUAAGACAACUAGUGGAGAAAUAAUGUUUGGUGGGAUCGAUGAUAGAUAUUAUACUGGUGAUUUAACUUAUUCAGACGUUGUGAGUGAAGAAUAUUGGAUGAUUAAAAUAGAUGGACUCGACUAGGUUACUGAAUUUUCGAGAGGUCACUCCGGUGUCACUCAAAAGUUGUCCACAAACUAUAGUCUCACCGCUAUUAUUUUAGUAAUGUACUGGAAAACAGGUCAUAAAUUAGAACUUUAAAAGAGCAAAGGAUCAAGAAGGGAAAGCAUUUUUGGUUAAUGACAUUUCUUAUGAGUAAUUCAUUAUGCAAAAAACAGUGAUUAAAACUUAAAAAAGCAUCUUCUACACAUAUUUAAAUCUAUUAAUCAUGGAAAUCUUUUAUUAAAUGCUAAGAUUUUCUCACUUCAUCUUGAAAAUGUUGAAAGUAUAUCAAUCAACGAUAAAAUAUUUUGUCCAAGUGGAAGUACCGCACUAAUCGAUACGGGUACAGCUUUAAUAUCAGGUCCAACUGAAAAAAUUAAUAAUAUAAAUAAAUAUCUUGGAAGUAUACAAGUAUCUAAUAAUGAAUACAUUGUGGAUUGUAAUAAAAUUCACAAGUUACCAAUAAUCGAAAUAAAGAUUAAUGGCAAACCUAUUCAACUGAAAGCAGAUGACUACAUUGUUGAGAAAGUUUCAAACGGUUCACGAAUUUGCAGGACUUGCUUCAUUGGUACUGACUUCCCAAGUGGCCCGUUAUGGAUAUUUGGGGAUGUAUUUUUAAGAAAAGUUUAUACAGUAUUUGAUGUUGGUCAACGGCGAAUAGGAAUUGCUGAUGUCGCAGAAGAGGUUAAAUCCUCUUGAACAAAAAUAAUAUUUGUGGGAUAGUCAAUAACUCUCUUUCCGGUUUUUGAAGUAAUAUCGCUGAACUGAAUUAUCUAGUUAACAAUAUAUGAAACGAUAAGAAAAACAUCUUUUUUAUUUUAAGUGAUUUUGCGAUUACCGUUUCUAUUUUACUUAUACGGCAUUGUUGUUUG